AAGAGGUCUUGUGUGUUUGUGUGUUUUAUGUCUUGUGAUCUGUUAAAAGUAACAGUACAACAUAUGUUGUGCUGUUACUAAGAGCAGAAUCUCCGUUUACUCUUACCACCAGGAUUGUGUUUCAUGUUGUAAAGGUUUUUUUUUUUUUUUUUGACUCAUCACCUGCUGAAGACGCGGAGAAUGUUGCUCAGGUUGAUUUUUUGCAGCAACAGCCUGUCCUGAAUGUGUUCAACAGCCAACUAUCUUCUCCCACUGAGGAGAACCUGUGAGGUAUUAGCUACUCCAGGUAGGCUGUGUGGGGGAGUGUCCAUGCCAACUAAUUUCCCUGGAGCCAAGUCUCAUGGAGCUACUCAGGACACAGAGAUGGAUGUGGCUUGGCAGGAACUGAUGGCCAUCUCAGAGCUGCAGGAGUUUGAAGUCCCUAGUGAGGGCUCUUAUGAAACAACACAGUACCAAACCAUUGAGCCCAUGGUCCCUAUGGGAGGAGGGUAUGGGAUGGCUCAGUCUCAUUCUGAGCGUCCUCCUGCUGCUUGUGAGCUCAGCACUGCUGACACUUACAAUGGAUGUUACUCUGAAGAGGUGCCUAUCUGUCAUCGUCUAGGCAGCAAUGGCAAUGCAGAGGCAGUGUACGGACACUCUGAAUCUCAGCUCAAUCAAAGAAUGCUCCAUGUCUCUUCUCAAACACAGCCUUCGCUCAUGACUCUUAGGGAACAGAUGAACAUGUCAGGUAACAGUCAAGGGCACAGAAGAGCCAACACUUGUUUCCCUCAGGGUCUAAGUCGGCACAUGCUGUGGACGACACAUGGACAAAGUUCACAUGUUCGCUCAGCUGAUGAUCUGGAGUCAGACUCUGGUCUGUCCCUGGGCUCUAGUCCACCUUUGGCCUCCCCUGAUAAUCCUGUUAGUGGUGCACCAGGUUACCAGAAUGUAGACAUAGGCAUGACAUAUAGUGAUGGGGAACCAGACAGCAUGACGGAGCAUGCCAGAAGAGCACACAUCCAUUACUCAACGGACUACCACAGUCAAUCUCAAUCAUAUUUACUGUCAGGUGCACAUCCAUCUUAUUUCUCACCCCAGCCAGCUUUAUCUCAUACACAACCGACUCAACCUAAUGCUCUGACUCCACGGUCAGUGAAACAGCAGGGCCAGGCUGCUGUUCUGGGUGACCUGUAUAAUGACUCUGGAGUGUCCAGCAGAGGGAGCUCACAGCAUAACAUGUAUGCAAAACCACACGGAAGCACUUCCACUCCGACUCCUCUGAGCAGAGAUGAGCGGCGAGCAAUGGCUUUGAAGAUUCCCUUCCCCAUGGAAAAGAUUAUCAAUCUACCCGUAGAUGACUUCAACGAGCUUCUGACACAGUAUACUCUGACAGAUUCUCAACUAGCACUGGUCAGGGACAUUAGGAGGAGGGGGAAGAACAAGGUGGCGGCCCAGAACUGCAGGAAGAGGAAGCUUGAGAGCAUAAUUCACCUGGAACGAGAACUGAACCAGCUACAGGCCCAAAGAGAGCACCUGGCACAGGAAAGGCUCGAGUUCCAGCGCAGCUUGGCAUUCAUUAAAUGUCGCCUUACAGACCUCUAUGCAGAGGUAUUCUCUCACUUAAGAGAUGAAGAUGGACAACCAUACUCAAUAGAUGAAUACUCUCUACAACAGACACCUGAUGGUAAAAUUUAUCUGGUACCUCACACAAGUAUGCAAAAGUGAGAGCGGUGCUGAAGAACUGGUAACAGUCUUCCAUUACUUGUUUAUGCUCCUGAAGAAGGUAUUCUGCCUGGGUGCCAACUGAAAGUACUUCAACUAGCUGAAAGUUACCAGUUCAUGUGGCUUUUGGGCUUAAUUGAAUGUUAAACUUGCCAUACACAAAUCAAUACACUUUUCAUAUUUUCAGGACAAACUGAAACAAUGCCAGAGUACUUUGUAAAAAAAUACUUUAUUAAAAAAAGUAAAAAAAAAAAAAAAUAAAUAAAACACUGCACAGCAGUUAAAGGUAAAGUCUUCAGCACCAGAAUGAGCGUUCAAGUAAACCUG